CUCGAGUAUGAGCAAGGUGCUAGUGAGUUUGUUUCUUAUUCAGCAAGACGAUUGGGUGAUCCAGUUGAAAUGUUCUGCCCUUUCGUUGAUUGUCGCAAUGUCUGCCAUCAAGCAAGUGAGACAGUUUUUAAACAUCUCGUGAUUAGAGGGAUGGAUCAGAAGUACAAGAGAUGUAAGUAUUGGAGUAAACAUGGGGAUAUAAGGCCUGAUAAGAUAGCUGAUGUUCAGACGUCUGAAAAUGAGGCUUAUGAGUUGAUCAGGACAGCUUUCAUGGCGAGCGAUGGCAAUCAACCAUCUGAGAAGCAGAAUGCAGAGGAUUUUGACGGUAUUGACAGGCCAGAAGAGGACGAGUUUAGGAAGAAGUUAGAUGAUGCAGAAACUCCACUGUACCCGACAUGUCAGAAAUACACCAAGGUUGCUGCUAUCAUGGGACUUUACCGGAUAAAGGUCAAGAGUGGGAUGUCAGAGAGCUAUUUCGACCAGCUACUGACAUUAGUUCAUGACAUGCUACCUCAGGAUAAUGUUCUACCUAAGUCUACGGAUGAGAUGAAGAAGUUCUUAAAAGUGUUUGGUUUUGGUUAUGAUGUCAUCCACGCCUGCAAAAACGAUUGUAUACUUUAUAGGAAACAGUAUGCGGAGUUAGUUCCAAGAUGUAGUGAAUCAAGAUGGGAAAGGGAUAAGCACACUGGUGAGGAGAAGAAAGGAGUUCCAUGUAAGGUGCUUAGAUAUUUUCCUAUAAAAGACAGAUUCAAAAGGAUGUUUAGAUCAAAACGGUUGGCCGAGGAUUUGUGUUGGCACUUCAACAAUGCAACUGAAGAUGGAUCUAUGCGGCAUCCUGUGGAUUCUUUGACUUGGGUUCAGAUAAACGAUAAAAAGCUGGAAUUUGCUUCUGAAGCAAGAAACCUUAGACUAGGUCUUUCUACUGAUGGGAUAAAUCCAUUCUCGACCAAAACACCAAGUACAACACAUGGUCUGUUCUCUUAGUCAACUACAAUAUGGCUCCAACUCAGUGCAUGAAAGCAGAGAACGUUAUGUUGACAAUGUUGAUACCUGGACCCACAGCUCCUAGUAACAACAUUGACGUCUAUCUACAGCCACUGAUAGAGGACCUCAAGGACUUGUGGACCGAAGACUACCCAGGUUUGGGGACAUUAGCUGGAUGUAAAGUUAAGCGGAAGCAAGCAUGUAAUGUAUGUGGGAAGGAGACACCGCAUAGGUGGAUUAAGUUUGGUCGAAAACAUGUUUAUAUGGGCAACAGGAAGCGCCUCAUGCCUUGUCAUCCCUACAGACGUAGAAAGGGUUGGUUUGACAACACAGUGGAGCUUGGUGUUUCAAAGAGGAUUCAGAGUGGGAAAGAAAUAUUUGAAAGCGUUAGAGAAUUUAUAAAUGAUUUUGGAAGACCAUUAUCUAAAAAAGGGAAGCGAAAAAGGGCUGAAGCAGAAGAUGAUGAUGAUGAUGUCAUUUCAGCUGAAGAAAUUGAAGAAGAUGAUGAUUUAUGGAGGUGGAAAAAAAGGUCUAUCUUCUUUGACUUACCUUAUUGGAAGGAUAUGCCUGUGAGACAUAACAUAGAUGUUAUGCUAGUCGAGAAGAAUGUCUCUGACGCACUACUAUCUAUUCUUAUGAAUAACGCAAAAUCAAAGGAUGGAUUGAAAGCAAGAAAAGAUUUACAAGACAUGGGAAUCAGGAGCAUCUUACAUCCAGAGAAACGUGGGAAGAGAACUUACUUGCUUCCAGCUGCCUUCUGGCUUUCCAAGGAAGAAAAAAGGCAAUUCUGUAGACGACUAUCCAACUUUAGAGGCCCUGAUGGAUAUUGUGCAAAUAUAUCCAACUGUGUCUCAUUGGAUCCUCCCAAUAUCGGCAGCAUGAAGUCACAUGACCAUCAUGUUCUUUUGCAGAACUUUUUUCCUGUGGCAUUGAGAGAUUUAUUGCCAAAAGGACCUCGGAUAGCUGUAAAUCGUAUCUGCAACUACUUCAACAGACUUUGCCAACGAGUUAUUGAUCCAAAGAAGCUAUUGACACUAGAAGCUGAGAUUGUGGAAACAAUGUGCCAGUUGGAGAGGUUCUUUCCACUGUUCGACAUUAUGUUUCACCUUCCACUCCAUCUAGCAAAAGAAGCACGCUUGGGUGGCCCUGUACACUUCAGAUGGAUGUAUCCGUUUGAGAGAUAUAUGAAGACACUAAAGGCUUAUGUCAAGAAUUUUGCAAGACCCGAAGUUUGUAUGGCUGAGGGAUAUUUGUCUAGUGAAUGCAUUGCAUUUUGUAUGGAGUUCCUUCGAAAAUCUGUUCCAGUCAAAGAAGCAAUUAAUAGAAAUGAAGAUAUUGAGGCAACUGAGAAUGUCCUUGAAGGCAGACCACUGCAGAAAGCUACAGAAAUACCUAAUAACUCGAAGGAACAUUUGAAAAGGCUGAGAUGGCUUGCUUUUGGACCAAGAAAUAUUGCUCACACAUACAAGGGAUAUGUAGUUAAUGGACAUCGAUACCAUUCUGAUGAUGUCAAGCGCAAUACACAGAACAGUGGGGUUACAUAUGAAGCAUUUUCAAUGUGUCGAGCUAGUGCUAAAGAUUCCAAGCAAAUGGCGGACAUGCUAGCUUACUAUGGAGUGAUAAAGGAUAUCAUACUGCUGGACUACCACAUGUUCCAAGUUCCCCUGUUUAAGUGUAGUUGGGCUCACAAAGGGAAAGGAGUUAAAGAGGAAGAAGGUUUCACACUUGUGAAUCUCAAUAUGAACCAGUCAUCAUUUGCAAAUGAUCCUUACAUUCUGCCAUCGCAAGCUAAACAGGUCUUCUAUUCAAGAGAAGAUGAAAGCUCACCUUGGUAUGUUGUUAUGCGGGCACCACCAAGAGGAUGCCAUGAGUUAGAGACAGAAGAGAGGUUCGAUUAUGAACCAUCGAUCCAGCCAAUUGAAGAUAUAGAAUAUCAAUCUGAUGACGAGAGUUUCUGUGUUAGGGAUGACUGUGAAGGUGUUCUUGUUGAUGUUUAA